AUGGCUGAACCCGAGGAUGUUGAGGAAGAUCUUUUCGCAGAUCUGUAUGAUGCGGAUGAAGCGACGAAUCAAUCGACUGCCGGUGGUGCUGCUCCUGUAGCUCCCAAUCCUAUAGAACCCGAUACACCUGCUCAUUAUUCUCAUAUUCCCGCUGCUCAACCUGUCGAGGCAUAUCAGGAGAGUGAAGCUACGCAUGGUGUUUAUCAUCCCCAGUCUCAUGAUAUUGGCUUCCAAAAUGGUAUGGCUGCUCACGACCCGGGGUUCAAUGGUCAAGCUGCCAUUCAAACCGGAGAACCAGAACCGCAGGGAACUGGCAUCAAAGAAGACGGGUAA